AUGAGGAAUCCUUGCGAGGUGUACACACACAUGGCAAAGCAGAUUGAGCGUCACUGUGCAACAGCAGCAGCUGCCGCGCAAAGUCCAGCAGCAGAUAAGACCUCUGCUGAAGUCUCAGAGGCGCAGCGGUCUCGGUCAGAAGCACCACCACCAGCAAAGCUCGCAGCCGCAACAGCCUCAACGGCAGUAGCAGGACAAAAGAGCCCAAUAUGUGGAAAAGAUGUGCCACAAGAUGGGCCGGCCGGAUCUCCAGGCGAUACCGCUGAACAGACGCUGCAGUUUCUGCAUCAGAUCGUUCAGGCCCUCAGUAUCGAUCUCUUGAGUGCCAAGGCUUUGCGGCUCAGUGCCGUGGCAGCGGUGCGUUUUGUCGUUGCCUGUCGCGCAGAUGACAACAAGAUGUUUGAAACUUUACUGCCUACCUGGUAA